UAACAAAGAGUCACCAUGAUUCUUCAGAGACUCUUCAGGUGCUCCUCCCUCAUUCCACCAGCCGUCUCAGUCCAUUUGCGGAGGAACAUCGGUGUCACAGCAGUGGCAUUUAAUAAGGAACUUGACCCUGUACAGAAACUGUUUGUGGACAAGAUUAGAGAAUACAAAUCUAAACGACAGGCAACUGGAGGACCUGUUGAUACUGGCCCAGAAUAUCAGCAAGAUCUGGAGAGGGAGCUUUUUAAGCUGAAGCAGAUGUAUGGUAAAGCAGACGUGAACACAUUCCCUAGCUUCAGGUUUGAAGAUCCCAAAUUUGAAGUCAUCGAUAAACCCCCGUCCUGAAGAAGUAAAGUA